GUUGAGGGCAGCAGCACCGCUGCCGUGCUGCUAAUCUGCUGCAAUCACACAGAAGAAGAAGUUUCUGGUGCAACAGCUAGGCAUCAUCAUGCCUACUGCUGUGAUUAUGGAGGAAAAUUUUGAUAAAUUAUUAGAGCAGUGUGAAGCUCAAGAGCUGGAGGCUCCAGGGGGCAUUGCAACACCUCAAGUCUACGCUCAGUUGCUCGCACUAUAUUUACUUCAUAAUGACAUGAAUAAUGCCAGGUAUUUAUGGAAACGGACUCCGCAGGCAAUAAAAUCGGCAAACCCUGAGUUAUCAGCUAUUUGGGCUGUUGGCCAACGCAUUUGGCAGCGAGACUUUCCAGGGAUCUACACCACCAUCGCAGCUUACCAAUGGUCAGAGAAUAUCCUUCCAGUCAUGGAGGCCCUUCGAGAGAGCACACGGCAAAGGGCGUACAGUCUAGUGGCCCAGGCAUACACUUCCAUCACAGCAGAUGAUUUCGCUGCCUUUGUGGGAUACUCUGUGGAAGAGGCAGUAAAAGGUGUGGUGAGCCAGGGCUGGCAGGCAGACCCUGCUACCAGGAUGGUAAUGCCUAAAAAGCCAGAUCCUCCCCCUGUCUCAUUGGUUCCAAAUGAGCAGCAGUUGGCCAGACUCACUGACUACGUGGCUUUCCUCGAGAACUGAUAACCAACCGCAACCACUGCCACCCUUUUUUGCUUGCUUGGUACAGAGGGAGAACACAAUUUUGGAUAAUAGACUCUUCUUCCCUCCUGCAUAGACCCACUCCCUGAUGAAGACGUACCAAAAACACACCCAUCAACUCGCAUGAAUGCUGCAAGCUCUUCUCCAGGAACUGCCUAUUUAUGUCCACUGAUUAAUAUAGCCUCCCUUUAUUAAUUCAUAUGCUGAAAAUUGGUUAUCUUUCAGACACAAAGUUGUAUUAUAUAUUUUUUUUGCUCUUUUGCUCUCUGCAACACAGCUGAUGUGUAAAUGUUGGGUCUGAUUUUGAAGGAGGUAUGUUUUUAUUGCUAACCUAACAAACCCUUUCCCUCACAAUAGAAAUACACAAAGUAGUAUGUACUGUACGUCCAUUGUGUUUCAGCACUGAAACGAAUUUUGUCAGGUAACGGGAGUCUUGGCAUGCAUGCAUCAAUUGUGGAUUUAAGUCCUCAGACCUCAUAUUUUGAAGUUUAUGUUUUGACUGGUGAAUAAAUAUUUUGCUGUUUCUAAUUUAGCAUUCUUUUAUUUAUCUUAAUUAAGAGUUUAGUUUCAGGUUGGUCUUUACAGAGCAGGCUGGGCUCAAUCAAGGAUAAUGAAUGUUUAAUUAUGUUUGGUUUUCAGGACUUAAAGGGAUAGAUCAGGUUUUUUGAAGUGGGGUUGUACGAAGUGCAGUAGACAGUGGUCAAUGUGCACUGUAUUAAGCUGCAGAUCAGCUGUUUAGGGUCUGAAAGUUGAAAGAUCAGAUUUGAAUCAAACUUAAUGUUUGUAAAGAUCUCAAAAAUGGUACGUGCUUGUGUUUUUGUAGCUGUGCUGUUCUGAUCUACAUCAUAAUGCAGUUUGUGGAACAUUUGAGUUUAUGUAUGUUUUAUGGUUGUAGGUUAUACACUGACUAAAACCCCACUUUAAAAUACACAAACUAUCCCUUUAACAGUGUCACAUUUCUCUCAUGAAAAUAAGUGUGUCCUGUUUCUGUAGCUUGACAUAAGUUUACACGGGAGGAAGAACAUAAUGUGUGGGGAGGCAUAUUAAUAGUGUUGUUACAGCCACAUUACACCACCAAGUAACUUGAUAUUAAAGCCAAUAAUCAGAAUUAAAGCUAUUUUGGUUCAUCUACGUGUAUACCUCAUAUGGUAUGAGUUGCUCUGGAUAAUUAAUGAAGUUGCAGUGCACAAACUUUCAUGUCUGCUGUAUGAGUAAACCCACCAGGUUUCAUUACAGUCAGUGUGAAGAUUUAAGACUGCUAUUGAAUAUCAUUAAAAUGAACAAUCUGUGAAUCAGCUGGGAAAAGAAUUAACAUCAUGAUUGAGGUUGAUUUUGUAAAAGCAUAUCUGGCUGCCAUCUGUUUAAUCAUCGGUGCUACAAAAUAAAAAGUCUGACAGUGA